AUCCUUUCUUUUAUUAACAACAUUGAAUCGCUUUGUUAUUGUUUUGUUGUUUUUGACGAUCGUUCCACAAAUGCGUUUACUAAGUCAACCAAGCAACAUCUUCAGCCAGGCUGAACAUAUUGGAAUAUUUUCCAACCAAGACAUGGAGAACAUAGACCCAUGUUACGACGAAGGCAGGGCCAUUAAAUGCACAGCUGAUUUCGUCAACGUGGCCUUCGAGAGACCCAUCGUCGCAACGAGCACGUGCGGUGAAAGCAACCGCAUGUCGAGACACUGCCAACCACUGAGCAACAAGCAGGGUCAAGUGACUUCAAAGUCUUGUUUUUUAUGUGACAAAUCUAGCUCCAGACGGCAGCAUCCACCUUCCUACCUGACGGAUCUCAACAACUCCAACAAUCUGACUUGCUGGGUUUCUGAAAACAACGUUCAGUACCCGAAAAAUGUUUCUUUAACAUUACACAUUGGAAAAAAAUUUGAAAUCACAUACGUCAGUUUACAAUUCUGUUCUAUGAGGCCUGAAUCUAUGGCCGUAUACAAAAGUGUCGACAAUGGCAAAACAUGGAUCCCUUUUCAAUUCUACUCUACUCAUUGUCAGCAAAUGUACAACAAACAACCAAAAGCAAUUAUAAGCAAAGCGAACGAACAAGAAGCUCUUUGCACCGAUCCGUUUGUUGGGACUUCAGAUUCCAAUUCGGCUGGGUCAGGUUCGAGACUUGCUUUUGUUGCCCUUGAAGGAAGACCUUCUGCUCACUACUUUGACAAUAGUCCAGUAUUGCAAGAUUGGGUUACUGCUACGGAUAUCAGAGUCACUUUUAAUCGUCUGGCUAUUGCGCAAGACGAAGCCUUCAAAGAGAGCCACUAUUAUUCCCUCUCUGAUUUUGCGGUGGGAGGUAGAUGCAAAUGCAACGGGCAUGCCAGCAGGUGUUUCGUGCAAGGAGAAUCUCUACUGCUGCAUAGUGGAUUGGAUAAGGAGGCAUCCAGUAAGCUGGUCUGCGAGUGCAGGCACAACACAGCCGGAAACGACUGCGAGAAAUGUAAACCAUUUUAUUCUGACCGACCGUGGGCUAGAGCGACCGAUAGGGGUGCUCACGAAUGCAUCGCCUGCAACUGCAACCAGCACAGUCGCCACUGUCGAUUCAACAAGAAGUUGUACCUGCUCUCGGGCCGGAAGAGUGGAGGGACGUGUGUCAGAUGCCGUCACAACACGGCAGGCAGGCACUGCCACUACUGCGCUGAAGGCUACUUCAGGGACCUCAACAAACCAAUUACCCACCCCACUGCAUGCCUAGCGUGCGAGUGCCACUCUAUAGGAGCUUUGGGUCAAUCCUGCAACCAGACAACAGGUCAGUGCCAGUGCAAGAAGGGCGUCAUUGGAUUGAAGUGCGAUCGAUGUGGAAAGGGAUUCCAGCAGAGCAAGUCUCCUAUUGCUCCGUGCAUAAAAAUAGCAAGAUUUCAAGAUUCGAGAAGAUCGACGAGAAGACGUGAUGGUGACAAUGACGACGCAGAUAUGAACCGCUGUGGAAACUGCAACAAACGAUUGAAAAAGUUCACCACGAAACAGUUUUGCAAAAAAGAUUUCGCUAUCCAUACUCGUGUGACGUCAAGGGAAAUAAUCGGAGAUUGGGCGAAGUUCACCGUUCAAAUAUACAACGUAUUCAAAGUGUCACGUGACCGUCUGAGGCGAGGACCAGAGACGGUGUGGGUCUCCGUGAAGGAUUUGAACUGCAAAUGUCCCAAGUUGAGGGUGUCUCGAAACUAUCUGGUCGUCGCGAGGGACUCGAGCAGUUCCAGGGGCGGCAUCAUUCUAGACAAAAGCAGUCUCGUCGUCGGCUGGAGCGAACGUCUAUCCGAGCGAGUUAGGAGGGUGACAAUGAGCCACAAGUGCUAACUAUUUCAACCGAGCACUGCCUUAUUGUUCGUGGUAUUUAAUUAUCAAUAAAUAAUAUAAAUCAAAUACACUUUGCGAAGAAACACUCGUUCUAUAUUUUUGUCGUCAUUUUACCUUACCGUUACAUCCAAUUAUAAUUUUCACAUUUUCAAUUUUGAACAAAAUUAUUUACUCUUUUUUAACUUGAACAUACUGGUAAAUUUUUCGUUUUUCAAAUUGUUAAGAAUAUCGAAGUUUGUCGUAGAUUGCACUUUUUUGUAAUUAAUUUAUUACUUAACUGUGUGAAUGUUAUUAAUAUCAGCAUCUCUUUUUUAUGUUGGAAACUUUUUUAUAGCAAGAAUUUUUACGAUUUUACAUGUCGUUUGAAUUUUCCAAUAUACUAAUGUAUAUAUAUAUAUAUAUAUAUAUAUAUAUAUAUAUAUAUAUAUAUAUAUAUACUUGAUUAAUGUGAAUAUUGUUUCAAUAAAAGAUAAAAUUGAUAGAAAUUGAACUAUAAUUUAAAAUGCUGGUUAUAUCAAUGCUUGAUUGAAAUUUUGAUGUAAAGCAACAGAUGUUAAAAAAAUGUUUCAGCUGCCGAUGGUUGGGUUGAUAUCUUCUUGGUGUGACCUCAAUUAACGACAAACAGUCCAGUCAACCACAACAAAUUAAUCACUGCGAUUGAUAUGAAUGGUAUUUAUCAACCUUUGAUACAUAAUGCACGCUCCCGCGUACGUAUAAAAUAACGCUCACUGCUUACGCUUAGUAUUAAUAUUACGGAGAUCUCGGCAUUUGAAUCCGGUUACUGCACCGCAACACCAGGCACUUCGGUCAUCAAGCAAUCACGAUAACUUUUUAUUUUUCAAUUUUAUAACUUUUAUGCAAAAAUUUGAUUCAGAAUCUC